AUAGUGCAGACAGACGCCUUCCUCUCAGCAUGAAGCCCCUCACCCCUGCACCCUGGGCCACUCUGGCCCUCAGCCUGGUAUUUGCCUCCUUCCACUUGGCUUGCUUGGCAGAAGCAAGGAACAGCAUCAACGCAACCUUGACCACCCACCACCCAGACCCCGGAACCCUGGAGCAGUGUCCCAAUGUGGACUUCUGCCCGCAGGCAGCCCGGUGCUGCCACACUGGAGUGGAUGAAUACGGCUGGAUCGCGGCCGCGGUUGGCUGGAGCCUGUGGUUCCUCACCCUCAUCCUGCUCUGUGUGGAUAAACUGAUGAAGCUCACUCCGGAGGAGCCCAAGGAUUUGCAAGCAUGAGGCUUAGAGCCGCAGCCCCAAGAAUGGCCGUGGCCACCAUUGGGUUUGUAACAGCGGGAGGGGAGUGUGGUUGCCGAUGUGGUUUCUGCCAUGUAACGGUCAUCUGUCACCUUUGUGCUUCAGUUGCUCUUGAAAGGGGAAGAAGAUGGAAAGGGGGAUCCAAGGAAGGAAGGCCAGUGCCGCUUCACACCUAAAUUCACAAGGCGGUCGUGCCUUCUGAGCGCUGACAGUCUCCUUUCUCGGUCUACGGGGACUGCUUCUCUUGUAACCGCUGCUUCCUUCUGGAAGCACAAGAAAUAUGCGACCUAGACUCUUGUCCAUGCAUUCGGAGCUAAACUCAGAGGCUUCUCACCAAAAAGGUCAUUGUCUUCCAUCCCUCGCUUCAGUCACAGGUGCCGCUGUCGCAGUUCAAAACGGAAGCGUCGCCAUUGACCCACUCUCUGUCCUCACCCCCAUGUGCCUUGCUUCUCCAGCUCUUGUCCCUUCUUCAAGGUAUCUGCCAGGGCCAUCCCGCCCCACUCUCCCCGCCGGCACCCCGGUUCUGACCUUCCUACAUCGCCCCUACGUUGUCACAGACACAUCCCGUGUAGUUCUCACCGCCGGCAGGAACCUGCCUCCCCACUGGCCACUCCCCGGGGCAGCUGUGAGCAUGACCUUCAGUAACGCCUAACAAGAACUUCAGUCUGGCCCUUGGCUCCUCGAGGGAGUCCGACCACCUUCCCAGGCCUGUCUCCCUGCACAUCCAGGGCCAGGGCGCCGCGGGACUCCGAUGGCCCAGUCUUCAGCCCCACAUCUUCCACUUCUCUGCUGCCAGGCCCUCGCCUCCGGGUCUGCCUUCCAACUCCGCCUCCAAAUUGGAGGAUUGGAACUCCCUUCCCCGACGGCCAUGGGGGACCUGGAGCUGGUGCUUUUUGGGGCGCAUCUGCUCCGCCCUGAAGUGCAGCCCUCGUGAAGACACAGUCCGUGCUACUUCCUCUCGCUCCUGGGGACAGAAUGCUCUUCGUAACAUCUGUUCGAUGAAUGAAUGGAUGAACGAAUGAGUCCUUGCCCUAGAUGAACUUAGCGCUUAUCGCUCCACAUACAGCACUUCCAUUUCUCUAUAAAUGGUUGAAAAUAGCCAGUCUCUAAAAAAGCCA